GAUCUGCCCUUUAGAAGGGCCGCCUCUCUUCUUCUUUGCCCUUCUGUUCUUCCCCUUCGACUAAACCCUAUCCGUCGACAUGGAAAUGCAGAGCGAUUUCGACCGCCUCCUUUUCUUCGAGCACGCUCGCAAGACCGCCGAAGUGGCCUACGCCAAAGACCCUCACGAUGCCGAAAAUCUGACUAGGUGGGGAGGUGCGUUGUUAGAGUUAUCGCAGUUCCAGAAUGUUAACGAGUCGAAGAAGAUGCUUCUAGACGCUAUAUCAAAACUGGAGGAAGCAUUGGUGAUUAAUCCGAAAAAACAUGAUGCUCUGUGGUGCCUGGGGAAUGCUCAUACUUCUAAUGCAUUUCUCACCGCUGAACAAGAGGAGGCUAGGAGUUAUUUUGAUAAGGCAUCCCAGUACUUCCAGCAAGCGGUUGAUGAGGAUCCAGGGAAUGAUCUCUAUCGCAAAUCUUUAGAAGUCUCAGCCAAGGCUCCUGAAUUACAUAUGGAGAUUCAUAAGCAUGGUUUUGCUCAGCAAGCUUCUGCAACUGGACCUUCCACUUCAACAACUGCAAAGACUUCAAAGAAAAAGAAGAGCAGUGAUCUCAAGUACGACAUAUUUGGAUGGAUAAUCCUUGCAGUUGGAAUUGUUGCUUGGGUGGGGUUUGCAAAAUCUAAUAUUCCUCCGCCUCCGCCGCCGCCUCCCAGAUAAGCGUUAUAACCAGUCUUGGUUAUGUGUGGGAAGUAUACCACGGAGGCUUUUCCUCCUAAUAUGUUGAAAGUGGUUUGCCCUUUGGUAGUUAAAUUUUGACGGAGAGUUGUGAUUUUACUAUAUCUAAGAGCUGUUUUAUUUUAUUAAGGAGAGAAUUUUUAGAUGUGGAAUGCUUUAUCUUUACGAGAUGAGAAUUUAUAUUUAUUGCAUUCAGCUUA